AUGAGGGACCCAACGACAAGCACUGUGCUCUACAAGAUCCUCACCCCCCAGGAGAAGCUGGACAUGCCCGAUACCAAUUGGGCAGGCACCGCGCUCGACACAAAGGACGGCUUCAUUCAUCUUUCGUCAGCAGACCAGCUCCCCGGUACGCUCGAGCGCUUCUUCGGCUCAAGCAGUGGCUGCGGUGAUGUUCUGUACAUUUACACGUUUACGAGGUCGAGCGUUGACAGACAGCGCAGCACACCCAUCAAGCUGCAAUUCGAUCCGGCAGCUGGUACCGUGUUUGGCCACAUCUACGGUGUGAGUGAUUCCCGACCCGUACUGCAAGGCAUCUUCUUUUGUUUCUCAUGUGUACUGAUACAUUCUCCGUCUGACUGGCUUCGGAUUGAUGACAGAACAUUGACCCUGAGGUAG